UGCGGUUGUAAGGUAAAAUGCCGGCUGUGGAGAGUGACAGCGGAUAAAAGGCCACAUGAAGUAUGGCUGCGCAAUUAGGCGGCUGUUACGCACUGAGUUUGAAGGAGCAGGAGCCACAUGGAGACUAAAACUCCCCCACAGAUUAUCGAUUAUUUAAUGUGUAAAAAUGCAACGUUGAUAUUAAAAUUCAUGUCAUGCCAUUCAGUGGUUUUAAAAAAAAAAAAAAAAAACAAGCUGCCCAUCCAUCCCCGUUAUUGAGUGAAGGAACCUCUUCCACCCUCCUCCUCCACUCAGAUCAGCCGGUACACUGUGACGUGUUUCCAUGCAAGGUGCUCAUUAAGAGGGACGUUUGGCUUCUCUGACGUGUGUAUCAGUCCUCUGACGGCACCUGCCCCCUUAUAAGCUCCAGUAAGUCACCCGGGAGACCUCCACCAACGUGUCAUUUAACUGUUCCUCGCCGGUGCAUAGACGGGGACGAGGUUUCCUAAUAAACCGUCCAAACUGUUCUGCUCACUGUUUUCUGCCUCAGGUGCCCCAGCACAUGACUCUAGAAACACUUGAGCAGGUCUCCAUGCCCUCCCGUUCCUAGCGGCAGACCGGUGCGACAAUGACCAUCCAUGUAGAGGGGCUUGUGGCUAUCGCGCUCUUCUAUCUGCUGAUCCUGUUCGUGGGCAUCUGGGCGGCAUGGAAGAACAAACACUCCGGGGAGGCGGAGGGCACCGACCGCAGCGAAACCAUCAUGGUCGGAGGGAGAGACAUUGGAUUAUUUGUCGGUGGAUUUACCAUGACAGCGACCUGGGUUGGAGGAGGAUAUAUAAAUGGCACAGCUGAGUAUGUGUAUCUGCCUGAUUAUGGCUUGGCUUGGGCUCAAGCUCCCUUCGGAUAUGCCCUCAGUCUCGUUGUGGGUGGUCUUUUUUUCGCUAAGCCCAUGCGCUCACGAGGUUACGUCACCAUGCUGGACCCAUUCCAGCAGCUGUAUGGGAAACGCAUGGGUGGCCUCCUCUUCAUACCCGCACUGAUGGGUGAGAUCUUUUGGUCUGCUGCUAUCCUAUCAGCCCUCGGUGCCACACUGAGCGUCAUAGUCGACAUCAACAUUAAAAUGUCAGUGGUUAUCUCAGCGCUCAUAGCCAUCUUUUACACCCUGGUCGGAGGACUUUACUCUGUGGCCUACACUGACGUCGUGCAGCUCUUCUGUAUCUUUGUUGGCCUGUGGAUCAGUGUCCCCUUUGCUUUGAUCAACCCUGCGGUGUCGGACAUUACCGUUACUGCAGUGAAGCAGGUGUACCAGUCGCCCUGGAGAGGCAGCGUCAACAAGACUGACACCUGGGUCUGGAUCGACAACUUCUGCCUCCUGAUGCUCGGAGGAAUACCCUGGCAGGUUUAUUUCCAGAGAGUUCUGUCCGCCUCCUCGGCCACCUAUGCCCAGGUCCUCUCCUUCCUGGCUGCUUUCGGGUGCCUCGUCAUGGCUGUGCCCUCCGUUCUCAUCGGGGCCAUCGGGGCCUCCACAGACUGGAACCAGACAAGUUAUGGUGCCAUUUCUCCUAAAGAGAAGGAACAAGCAGACAUGAUUCUACCCAUUGUGCUCCAGUACCUUUGCCCGCCAUUUGUCUCUUUCUUCGGCCUGGGUGCCGUGUCUGCAGCUGUCAUGUCCUCUGCAGACUCCUCCAUCCUUUCAGCGAGCUCCAUGUUUGCACGGAACAUCUACCAGCUCGCCUUCAGACAGUCGGCUUCUGACCGUGAGAUCGUGUGGGUGAUGCGAAUUACCAUCUUUGUAUUCGGCGGCCUUGCCACAGUAAUGGCACUGGUGACCGGGACAGUUUACGGCCUCUGGUAUCUGAGCUCAGACCUGGUUUACGUCAUCAUCUUCCCCCAGCUGCUCAGUGUGCUCUUUGUCAAAGGGACCAACACUUACGGCUCUGUGGCUGCCUACCUGUUCGGCAUGGUGCUGCGUAUAGGUGGAGGUGAGCCCUACCUGCGACUGCCUCCUUUCAUUUAUUACCCUGGCUGGAUCACUGAGGAGAGAAUACACCACAUGACUGGAGAAAAGGAGGAAGUUAUCGUCCAGAAGUUCCCCUUCAAGACCGUCUCCAUGAUCGCCUCCUUUUUGGGCAACGUUGCUUUCUCCUACCUGGCAAAGUACCUGUUUGAAAGCGGCAAGAUUUCACACAAAUACGACAUUCUCGAUGCAGUGGUGUCCAAGCACAGUGGGGAGAUUAUGGAUAAGACGACACUUGUGACUCGUGGAAACAACAUCGGGCUGUCGGAGAUGGCGCCCGUCAAAUCGCGGCUGAGCGUGACCUUGGCGACCGCCUUCACACGCCGUGACACGUUGCCAAAAGAAACAGUGGAGGAGGAGGAGGAGGAGUCCAGCCCCGAUUCCUCUCACCAUGAUGACGAAUAACAAACUCAGGAUGUGAUUUUAAAAAAAAAAAAAAA